AACUAGUGUUUUGAAAUUUAAAUGCAUAAACUUGGGCUCUGGCCUUCAUUACGAUAGUUUCCAUCUUUUAAAUCAGAGCUAGAGCUUUCCUAUUACGUUGAGAGCUGUGUUUGCUUGCCUGGAAACAAGAAAUGGAUGAGAAAAUCACGUACGACACAUUUUUUGCCAGAAGCUUUAGUCGAUCUGACCAAAAGAAACUUGGAUAUGGAGCAUUUAUUGGUUGUUUGUUAAUUGCAUUGAGCUUCUGUCUUGUUUUCAUGCCUUACUCUUCUCCUCAGUCAAUUCGUUUGGGUACUAGUGUACCAAAGAGAAUGAACAUAGUGUGCAAAUCAGAAAAAAGAUCAGAUUACUGUGAGAUCAAGGGAGAAGAUGUAAGGAUCGAUGCAAAAUCCUCUACUGUUUUUAUCGUUGCUUCAUCCCAACAAAGCAUUCGUGACCUUGAAGACAACACCACCUCCCUUCUUAUCGGACCUUAUUCUCGAAAAGAAGACCAAAUUGCAAUGAAAAGUGUGAGGAAAUGGUUAGUGAAACCAGUUAUGGAAAGCAAUGUGACCCCCCCUUGCAGUCAAACUCACAGUGUUCCAGCUAUUUUGUUUUCCCUUGGAGGAUAUUCAGGGAACAAUUACCAUGAUUUUACAGACAUCAUUAUCCCACUCUAUUCCACUGCUCGAAUCUUUAAUGGAGAGGUCAAGUUUGUUGUUACCAACUCAAAUCCAUGGUGGAUUAAAAAGUUCCGAAACUUGGUUCAGAAGCUGUCUAAUUACGAAGUCAUCGACAUUGAUAAUGAAGAAAACAUACAUUGCUUUACAAGUGUUGUUGUUGGUCUCAAACGUGCUCCUCAAGAGCUGAGUAUCGAUCCUUCCAAAUCAUCAUAUUCGAUGAAAGAUUUCAGGCAAUUUCUGAGAUCCGCCUACUCCUUAAACAAGGUGAGGGCGAUCAAAAUCGAGGACGAGGAUGAUGAUGACGAUGAUGGGAAGACGAGACCUCGGCUUCUCAUUGUUGCGAGAAACCGGACAAGAGCGUUCAGAAAUACAGAUGAAAUCGUUGGAAUGGCAAGAAAUUUGGGGUACGAAGUAAGGAUAGCUGAGGCUGAUGGGAAUAUACAAAGAUUUGCUGAGAUUGUGAAUUCAUGUGAUGUUAUGAUGGGAGUGCAUGGAGCUGGGUUAACCAACAUGGUUUUUCUGCCUGAGAAUGCAAUUUUGAUUCAGGUGAUUCCUUUCGGUGGGGUGGAAUGGCCGGCAAGAGCCGCCUUUGGAGAGCCCUCCAAGGACAUGAACAUAAGGUAUCUAGAUUAUAAGAUUAAAGCAGAAGAGAGUAGCUUGAUAGAACAAUAUCCAGCAGAUCAUGAGGUAUUCAAAAAUCCAUUAUCCAUUUCGAAACAGGGGUGGUUGACAUUCAAGGCAGUGUAUUUGGACAAACAGGAUGUCAACCUUGACACCAAUAGGUUUAAAAUCACUUUGCUAAAAGCUCUUGAGCUUUUACAUCAGUAAAAAAUUUAUGUAUAUUCGUUUGGAUUUUCUGUUGUAUCUUCAGUAUUUUCUUUUUGAGUGUUGGUGAGGCGAAAUCCAUUUUUAUAGUGAUUAAACGAUUAUAGAAAUAUUUAUCAAUUAAUAUAUAUAUAGUGUUGUAUCUUCAAUUUUA